AUGCCGACGGUGUUUCCCGAAGCGGUGGAGCUGCCCAAUGGCCCGCUGCGGGUGAGCCAGCUUGCCCUGCUCCAGGAGGGCUACGCUGCGGGCCGGGCGUCGGUGGCUGCGGCAGCUGGCACAGCUGCGGGCAGAGACCACCCUCUGGCCUUCACCGACCUGUUGUUCGCCGUGGUUCUGCCCAUCGCUCUCAUGGCGAUCUUUUGGUACUUCAAGCCGAAGGAGUCGCAGAGGAUGGGCGACGACGAUGCCAUCGAGCUUGAGGAGGGAUUCCUUCUGGUGGAUGGACGUCCAGGCCCCCUUCCACAGGCUUCUCCUUUGGCCUUGGAGCUGCCUCGGGUGCCGCUGGAAGCCGCGUCCGCGGUGUCCCCGGCGUCCCUGGCAUCCUCGGAGUCUCCGGCGUCCCCGGCGUCUCCUGCGGUCCCUGCGCUGGCGUUGCAGGCGGAGGUGCAGGAGGGCACGCCGGGCACGUUGAUCAUCGGGGAUGACCUGGAGGGGCAGGUCGACUGGGCCCCCAGUGCUGGAGACCCUCCUGCCAGAGGGCUCCUGGUGCAGGCGCCGCCCCGGCGCCUCUAUCUCAGCACGGAGGCGUGGAGAUCUUUCACGUUCUUCAGCCGGCACUACGAAUCCAGAGUCCAGCGAGCAGUGCGAGGAGGAGCCGUUGGCAACUCCAUUGUCUGA